AUGCGUAAUACUCAAUUGGACCCAACGCGAUACGUCGAUGCGCUAGCCUACGAAGAGUACCAAUGGCGAAAGGGACAAGAGUUGGUGGUGUCCGAAUGUGUUGUUGGCUCUCCCUCGGAAGUAUUUGACGCGUGGAUAGAGGAAGUUUGGCUUGCAGGGGGAUUCGAGCAGCACGAGGGCGAAGGCCGAGGCUACGUUGGCCACAUACGUCGCAUUUCACUGGGUGUUGAGGAGCAAAUUCUGUCAGUUGGACUACCGAUGGACGAUAUAGUAGAUAGUGACGGAGGGCGACCAAGUUUUGCUGCUACCCAAUGGGACUCUUCGAAGAUCCCUUCGGUCUACUAUAAGAUCCGCAAGUUUGGACUGUUUCCAGUUUUGAACUACUUUGCGUUCGUGCAGUUCAUCGACGUCGCUGCGUCUCCAGAAAGCACGCCGGCAACGCUUGUGAUCUGGUCGCUAAAGAUGGAGCCCAGCGUUAUUGGGUAUCUUUUCUGUUGCGGUGGAUUCACCAAGGUUAUCCUGCGGUGGGCGUUGCAAAGCUUGCUGAGAGCUCUAGCCGUAAGUGCUGCCGCAAAGACAAACCGGCAUUUGGAAUAG